CGGCGCUUCUAGCUGUCAGUGCGCGGUCUGGUGACGUCCGAGAUAACUACAUACAACCUGCGUGUGUUUGGUGACAACCGCAACUAAAUUGCGAGUUACGUUCCAGCAAAGUACACUGGCUAGAACUGCUCAGAAUGCACAACUGUCGUUAGAGCGGUAUGUCAUUGGACGAACUAUGGCUGAACCAGACACUGAAUAUGACCUUGGAAGAGUACCUGAUGAUGAUGCGUGGCCCCAAGCGUCUUCCCUUGGAAGUGGUCGUACCCAUCACAGUGAUCUACUGCACGAUCUUCCUGACAGGGGUCCUCGGCAACCUGGCCAUAUGUGUGGUGAUCGCCACCAAUGCCAACAUGCACACCGCCACCAACUACUACCUGUUCAGUCUCGCGGUCUCUGACGUCACGUUGUUACUUCUUGGUCUGCCUAACGACUUGAGCGUGUUCUGGCAACAAUAUCCGUGGGUCCUAGGCGAGGCGCUGUGCAAGGUUAGGGCCCUGGUCUCAGAGAUGACUUCUUACACAUCGGUGCUGACGAUUGUUGCAUUCUCAAUGGAGAGGUACCUGGCGAUUUGUCACCCUUUGUUGUCUUACGCCAUGUCGGGACUCAGGAGGGCGGUCCGUAUCAUCGCCGUUGUCUGGCUUGUCUCCUUCAUCAGCGCACUUCCGUUUGCAGCUUUUACUAAGGUGAACUACAUUAACUACCCACCGAAUUCAAAUAUCGUAGUUGAGGAGUCGGCCUUCUGCGGGAUGUUGGAGGAAAACGUACCAAAGCACUUUCCCAUAUACGAGCUGAGUUUUGUGAUAUUCUUCUUCAUACCACUGUGCGUGAUCGUCGCUCUGUACGCCAAGAUCGGGCUACAGAUCCGCUCCAACUCCUUGGACAAGAGCGUAGACGGCACUGUACACGGAGAGACCAAAAAGUCCCAAUCCAGGAAGUCAAUAAUCAGGAUGCUGACGGCCGUGGUGAUAACGUUCUUCCUGUGCUGGGCGCCGUUCCACGCACAACGUCUGCUGUACGUGUACGGCCGUAACACGACGCACUUCUACACCAUCAACGAGUGGCUCUACUACAUAGCCGGCUGUUUCUACUACUUCUCGUCAACAGUGAACCCGGUGCUGUACAACAUCAUGUCUGCCAACUACCGCAACGCGUUCCGCGCCACCCUGUUCGGUCGCGGGCGUCACCGCGAGUAUCACUCCAGUAUACGGGAGAGCUACGUAGAGGGCCGGUGGCAGCGUACGCUCACGUGGCGCAACCAGAGUCCACCUUCGAGCCGUGAUGUGGUAGUGAUGAUUACACCGGAUAAAUGCUGUACUACCGUCACUACCAAGACUCGCCUUUGGCCCAAAACUUUGCUCAGAGUAACCAUGAGACCUCCAGAUCCACCAGAGACACAAAUAGACAUGCCCAAUAAAGUCUGUAUUCAGAUGGAGACUUGCAUUUGAAAGGUCUAUUUGCAUUUUAUCUACA